UUCAGCGCAGCCGCGCCGCCGUCUGCGCGCUUGGCGGCCUCGAGCUGCCUGCUCGCCUGUGGCCUCUCGUCGGCGCCUUUGCGCUCGGCGGAGCCACCACCGCCGCCGCCUCUGCCGCCGCCGGGUCGUACCAGCACCGAGGAUACUCCUCCUUUCCGUCUUCCGCCGCUCACUGCGAAUCGUCCGCUCAGUGCUCGGCGCGGCGUGCAUGGCCCUGCUGCGUCGCAGGCUUCCGGGCUGCGAGGCUGCCGACGAGGGCGAGUGCGAUCUCACCGCAUCUCGCUCGCGGUGGGCGGAGGCGUGGGCCAUCCUCCGCGCGGGCCUGCGGGAGGUCGGCCGAACCACGGCAGAGGGCGUCGAGGCCUUCAAGAUGGAGCGUUCCCUCUACUCCGCGGUCCUCGGACGGCCCGCCCUCGUGGCGCUGCAGUACGUGCUCGAUCGUGUCACGCCGCUGCGCCUCGAGGCGGUGCUGCGCGAGGCGCUGGUCGGCGUGCUCUCCUCUAUCAAGAAGAAGAGGGUGGAGGGCCGCAGCCACGCAGCGAUCUCUGUACCCUUCCUCUCCGGCACGCGUGCUCUCCGAGUUGGCAUUGUGAUCCUCUUCUGCCUGCAGGACGUAUGCGGCACCCCACCGGCACCGCUCCAGCCCGUCAUUGUCAGCGGCCCGUGCUCGCUCACCGACGGCGGCUCGUGCGCCGCGUCGCCAAACUACCCGAACAGCUACGGCAUCAACGAGGCGUGCACCAUCAGCGGCGUGCCGCCGGUCGAGCUGGAGACGGUCGCCUUUGAUGUGGACGCUUGGUCCUACUACGACUACGACUACAACGGUGACCCCAUGGAUGACUGCCCCUCCGACUAUCUCACCGUCAACGGCAAGAAGUACUGCGGCACCUCGGGGCCCCCGAGUGGCGCGGCUCCGCCCAAGCCUGGUAUCGCGCCCGUCGAGCUGGCCAUCUCGUGUGUCUUUAGCGUGUUCUUUACCACGAACGCGCUUCUCGACCUCUCAGCCGACUUGUGGGCGCUGGACGCUCCGCGGGCGCGGCUUGCCUUUCUGCGGGACUGGUAUGUCUUUCGGCAGUGGUCGCCCAUCGUCAGCCCGCUCUUCCUCGCGCUGACGCUGCUGCUGCCAUUCGCCGUCUUCACGCUCUGCAAGGGAGCGCUGGAGAGCAUCUGCGGCUGGCGCAGCGCCUCUCGCCUCCGCCACACGGUCGACAUUUUGGAGGCCGUCAUCCUGGUGGGAGUCAUUCUUCCCAUCGGGAUCCCGGCCGCCGUCUCGGCGCAGGAGGCUCUGAUUGCCGCGUGCAAGGGCUCUGUCACCGGGGGCGUGAGUGGCGGCGGGCCCCUCGGCUUCUUUAGCGCAGACACGACCGCCACACUCCGCCCCGGGGACAUGUCGGCGUGCAAGGCGAGCGCCGCAGAGCUGCCGUCGCCGCACCUGCUGAUGGUCGCGCUCAACCUGCUCAUGUGGGCGUGCGACGUCUUGCGGUACAGCUGCGGCGGUGCGCCGGCCGGCGAGGAGAAGAGGGACUAGAGCAGGGCGGUUGUAUAUUACGGCCACGCGCAGCGUCGCAGAUGCACGGGAGAGAGAGAGCGCGCGCGGACCCACACCACACAUGCCCGGGUCUCUUUUAUGCUAAUUUUGUAC